GUCAUGCAUGUACAUUACUGUCUAUCUAUACUAUAUAAUAGCUGCUGUUUUGAUUCAUUUUGCUGGCGAUCACUGAAACUUCACUUGAGUGACUUCACUACAGUCAGAACUAAGGAGGAGAACAAAGAUGAGGCCCAGCUUUUCCAAUACUACUGCUGCUACAUGUUGUAUCAGAGCUGCAGGAGUUCUGAGGUACAAUCGAGAGUCGGAAAACACCAGGAUCAACAAAACAACCAUUCUUCCAGAGCCCCCGCCAUUAACAGAGUAUGUUGUGAAAUGUGAGUAUUGUGGUGGAGAAGCCAGACCCUCACUUGAUGCAUGGCUACAGAAGCCUGAGACAGCCCCAGUCUUCUGCUGUGCCCAGCGGCAGCAGCUGAGUGAGGUGCUGCAGGAGCAGAGAUGUUUGUUUGAGGGGAGACGGAGAUGCGAUGUGAAAACUGGCACUUCAGCGUCACUGCAGGGCGAGGUAGAGGAGCUUCUCUUCCAAGGCAGAGAAAUGCAGGAUCAUAACAAGUUUUUUGAGGACAUAUUAAGGGGUCUUGGAACACAAUCUGAAGUGACAGCCCAUGAGGAUCAUUCAGUUCAAUUACCUGCAGCAGAAACUUUUGACCCAACAUCAAAGUUCCUCACCUUCCGACUCUCAUGUGCUCCGGAAAAAGGACGCUGGACAGUGUAUCCUAGUCGAACAACUGAGAAGUGCGUCACUGACAAAGGAGAAGAAGCUCAGAUGUUUGUCCCUGUUUGUGGCCACAAGCCACUUCAGUUUGGCAUAUGUCACCAUCAGGAUGGGGCAGAAUUUCUACACAAAUACUACUCCAGUGGCAUGAAAUUUUUGACAGCGUUUGCUGAUGGGUCUGCUCAGGUCUUUUAUCCCUCAGGCCACUUGGCUCUCAUUAUUGUGGUCACAGAAGAAAACGGAAGGCUCUGCAUCGUGUAUGAAGACAGCGAUGCCCCCAAGCAAACAAUCAGGGCUGUGUUCCAGUCUGAUGGCAGGGCAACAUGCUAUCACAGCAAUGGAAACAUAUGGCUGUCCUUAAACAGAUCAGGUGGUCAGUGUUUGGAUGAGGCAGGUGCCAGAGUUCGUAGGUGGAGCUGGAACAGUCUCACUCACACACCGCUGCGCCCCGUCUUCCUGUCCCUUAACAAAAGUGUUGGAGUCCGAGUCUUUGGGAUGAAACAAGUAUUUGUCUCCUUCCUGGCACAAGGUCAGCAAGCAAAAGUCAGUGUGGGCGCCUGCUGUGUUCAGGGUGAAUCUGAAGCAGAUGGACGUACCUCAAUAACAAAGGAGGAGCUGUUGUUGAUGGCAGCCAGGAUUAGGAUCCACAUGGCCAUUCAGUGUCUUCACCAGAGCCUGCAGACACCCUCCCGCCCUGGGCUGGCCAGGACCACACUGGCCCCUCACCUCCAUGAUGUCGCACAAAGGCUUCAGAACAUCAGUGCCCAUGUGAUGAUGAGUGACAGUGAGAGAGCCUCUUUUCACAAGUAUCUUGAGGGAUGUUUUUGAUGCCAUGCGAUGAAAGUCCAGAAACUCGAGAAACCAAUUUAGAAAACUUCAGGAACGUUUUUGAUUCCCAGAUUGUUAUGUUAAAAAAUGAUAAUACAGUGGGACACAGUGCUACU